AGGGGCUGGAGAGGCAGAGUGAGACAGCAGAGCGGAGCCUGCAAACCUGCCUUCUGAUUGGCUGCCCGGCCCGUGGCUGGGCUAUAAAAGAGACCCCUACAGGCUUGGGAGCGAGAAGCUUCAGGAGCCUGACAGCGUCUUUGCGAGGCAGAGGCAACUGCUCAAAAUAGAAAGCACAGCUCCUCCUGCUGCCUUCCUUUCCAGCCUGCGAAUCCCACUGUUAAACAAGAUGUGCAAAGGACUUGCAGGUCUGCCGGCUUCCUGCCUGAGGAGUGCCAAAGAUAUGAAACACCGGCUGGGCUUCCUGCUGCAGAAGUCUGAUUCCUGUGAACAUAAUUCUUCCCACAACAAGAAGGACAAAGUAGUUACUUGCCAGAGGGUGAGCCAAGAAGAAGUCAAGAAAUGGGCUGAAUCUUUGGAAAACCUAAUUAACCAUGAAUGUGGGCUGGCAGCUUUCAAAGCUUUCCUGAAGUCUGAAUACAGUGAGGAGAAUAUUGACUUCUGGAUCAGCUGUGAAGAGUACAAGAAAAUCAAGUCACCUUCUAAGCUAAGUCCCAAGGCCAAGAAGAUCUAUAAUGAGUUCAUCUCAGUUCAAGCAACUAAAGAGGUGAACCUGGAUUCUUGCACUAGAGAGGAGACAAGCCGGAACAUGCUAGAGCCUACAAUAACAUGCUUUGACGAAGCUCAGAAGAAGAUUUUCAACCUAAUGGAAAAGGAUUCCUACCGCCGCUUCCUCAAGUCCCGAUUCUAUCUCGAUUUGGCCAGUCCUUCCAGCUGUGGGGCAGAGAAGCAGAAAGGAGCCAAAAGUUCUGCAGAAUGUCCUUCCUUACCCCCCCAGUGUGCCUAAUACUCAGAGGCAGAGGGCUGAAAUGCCAAGACUUUAUGCUCUGGAAAACCUGAGGCCAAAUAUUGAUCUGUAUUAAGCACCAGUGCUUUAUCCACAUUGUAGCCUAGUGUUCAUGCUGCCUGCCGUGUGUGAGUCACUUCCAUGUAAAACUAGACUUAGUUGUGUUGUUCAUCAGGGUGGGACCCAAUUCCAGUCAAAAUUUCCCAGGUUUUCUUAAUGGUGUCAUGUGAGCAAGUCUCCAAAUAAUGGCCUUGUAGGUCUGGAUUUUCAAAGACCGUUGGCAGUCCUCCACUCCCAACAGUUGACCUCAAGUUGGUUGGUUGGUACACUUCAUGUGACGUCCAUAUGCACAUGUAUUGUCAGCCAGCACUCCCUACAGGCUCUCAAUGUUUAGGUGAGGUUGAUAUGUACAUUUGUAUGUGUAUAUAUUAAAUAUAUGUAAUAUAUACAUAUACAUUCUGUAUAUAUUUAUUGUGUCUUUGUAUACAAAUUACAAAUAUGUGUGUAUAUGUAUAUAUUGCACACCCAUUUCUGCAAGAGUAGAUGGGAAAGACCCUAGGUGCUUAAACUGAAGUGUGCACGCAUGCUUAAAUGUGUGUUCUGAUCUCUGGUUCUUUUUACUGUGUUUGAACAGGGCAAACUGAACUGCCAUGCAGGCUAAGAAAGGAGCGUUAACUUGUGGAAAACCAGUUCUGUAAAAUCAUUGGGUCUGUGAUAGAGAAUAAUCCAGGGGACUAAAUGUCUAAUUUAACCACUGAUGGCCUCCAUAUUGAGCACUAAGCUAAGAGCAAAUACUAUAAAGAAUCCUCUGUCUGACCAACACAGAACUGCCGUGUGUCAGUUUUUACUACUGGUACUUUUAAAGAGCCUAUGCUGCUGGCCUUCCCAUCUUUGCCUGGGUGCUCAGGCCAUGUUUGUUAGUAGCUGGGUUGGUCUGGAGUUGAGACAUGGGGUGUUUGAGCUGAAUGAAGAAAUGCAGUCAGGCUAGCCCUACCAUAGGUUACUGGCUAAGUGAGGGUACAGAACCUAAGGGUUACUAUUAGUCUCUUCCUUCCCUCUCUUGGUCAAGGUGCUCUCCUCAUUUUCCCUCUGAGAACCUUGCCUGUCAGAUGAGCCUCCUUAGGUCACUGUGGUUGGUUGUUCUUAGAACGAUUCCCUGUAAUGGUUCUAAGCCACAUGAUUAUGUUUAUAAAGCAACAGUAUGCGAAAAGUUUUGCUUUAUAAGGAAGAAGCAAGUUCUCAGACUGAAAAGCCCUCAUCACUUUUCUGUUUUGAGGUUAAGAUCUUGUUCAUCCCACCCCAAGUAUCAAGGCUAGCAGACAUGGAAAGCGUUUCUUCUAGACUCUGAGAUUAAAGGAGAGAAGGAAGGAAGGAAGAAUGGAAGGAAGGAACGAAGGAAGGAAGGAAGGAAGGAAGGAACGAAGGAAGGAAGGAAGGAAGGGAAGGAAGAGGAAGACAGGAUAUCAAUAUUAGGACUACUGUUUGGAACUUUUCAAGGUACAUGAAAUACUUGAAAAUCUCUCAUUUGUGUUAUUUAUGAUGUUGUUUUGUACAAUGUUUUUAUUAUUGUCUUGUUUUCUAAAUGGAGGUAUGGGGUAUUACCUGAAUUACUCAAGAAUGCCCAGGAUGUAUUUUUCUUCUCAUUCAUCUAAAAUACUGCCUUUGAAAGCACGCACACACUCAUGCACACACCUCACCCAUUGCUCCAGUUUAAAUUACAUGCACGAGCACCUUUGUGGCUAGUAAGCCAAUGCACUGGGCUGCAAAAUGACAAUACUGGAGUAGUGUGUACACAAGUCUCAUUGUAUUAAUGAUGUAGGUUUUCUAACUGUACCCCCUUGUCUCUCUGGCAGUCUUGCUUGUAAUGUCCCCCCGAAGUCUCUCAUCAAUGUCCCCUUUUUAUGUUAUAUACAAUUCCACAAUCUUGUUUGUAGUUGACUCCUGGUUCCAAAUGUACAAAUCUUUGGUCAUUCCCUAAUAUUAUCAUGACUUUCAGAUUCUACCUGUACUCACAGACUAUAGGUCUGGAAGGUCCUUCCGAAUGAGAAGUAAAUUAUUUUAUGUAACACA